UCAGGUGGGAACUAAACCAUCAGGUGACGGGUAACUUGACCUAGGCCUGGAAAUUCUUUCAUUGACUGCUGAUGAAAUCAGCCUGGCACAUUUCCGCAUCUUCGGCACUUCUAGCCACAGAAAUAUGUGCUUUCUCUGCCCACUUGCCUGCUGCGGCUGCUCCUCAUCGAAGCCUUGCCAAAAGAAAGGAAAGCAGCAGCAGGUGCAGCACCAGCCGGACGUCCUGGCGAACGUGAUUUCCCAGGAGUCAGGCUACUUCAACCAGGUGACCACCAGCCAGCAAUCGCUACCCAGCAUGAGCCCCAGUGCAGUGUCACUGCCUCACCAGAUUGACACGUCCAGCACCUUGAGCUCCUUGGCCGGCGAGGUGGAUCUGUACGAUAUGGAAGCUUGGUGGCUCAAAAGGGCCUCCAUCGAGGAUUACUUAUCCAUAGUAUCUCAAAGGAAUUGAUUUUCGUAUCGAUCCACUACAUUAAUGUACGAAUUAGAAAGAUGUUCGUUAAGAGCCCUUAUAUUUAAUGAAACAAGAAGACAAUCCUUUUCCGCCUCUGC